CCGAGCUGUCCGAGCACCAUGUCGAUCGUGACGCUGCAGCUCGGGCAAUGCGGCAAUCAGCUCGGCUAUGCGCUCUUUGACAAGCUAGCGACCGAGCUCGAGGACCCGCUGGAGAUGGACAUCUUCUUCCGCGGGCCGUCGCACACGGCGCGGGCCGUGCUCAUCGACAUGGAGCCCAAGGUGGUCAUGCAAUGCCAGGACCGCGCGGCGGCGUCGGGGCGCUGGCAGUACGACCGCACCAACAGCGUGUGCCAGCAGAGCGGCUCGGGCAACAACUGGGCGCACGGCUACACGGUGCACGGCGCAGCUAGCGCCGAGGCCAUCCUCGAUGUCCUCCAGCGCGAGGUCGAGCACUGCGACUACUUCAAGGGCUUUCACGCGAUCCAGAGCCUGGCGGGCGGCACGGGCUCGGGCCUUGGCUCGUUCGUCGCGGAUCUUUUACACGACCAGUUUCCGACGGCCCAUCGCCUUCACACAGUCAUUUGGCCCUACGAAGCCGGCGAGAUCAUCGUGCAGAACUACAACACACUGCUCACGAUGGCCUGCCUCUCCGAGUCGUCGGACGGUAUUCUCUUGCUGCAGAACGACAUGGCGGACCGCGCGUGCCAGAAGCUGCUCACGAUCCCCAAGCCAUCCCUCGACCAGAUGAACCACGUGCUCGCCAACCACAUUGCGUCCGUCUUGCUUCCUGCCGCAGCAGUCGACGCGCGAUCGGCGUGUCUGCUGCCGACGAUCUUGCGCGAACUCUGCGCCCACCCCGGCUACAAGCUCCUGGACAUCAAGCUCGUGCCACAGCUCUCGACACGGUCCCGCGAGUUUAGCACGCAUCAGUGGUCGGGCAUCCUCAAGCACCUGCACCAGAUGCAAAUCGCCAAUUGCAGCCUCGACGAAGGCGUCAACUGGGACAUCUCGCUUGAGACGUCGCCUCGGAGAGAAGUGAACCAAAGUGUCGGGAACCUCGUCUUCUUGCGCGGACCCGAGAGCGCGACCGUGGCCGCGACGGUGCUCGAGAGCUUUGGAGAUCCACGCAUGUAUGCGCCGUGGGUGCACCCCAGCAGCCACCUCUUCUCGUCUCGGCAACCCUUUAGUCGCUACGACAAGGCGGCCGCGCUCGUCUCGUACGCGUCUCCUUCAUGAGGACGCGCUUCAGCCAACGAGAUGUGCUAGGAACUCCCAAGCGAUGCUGCGCCCACUCGCAACGAUGGUCGAGAAGGCCCACUGCAUGUUUGCGUCCAAGGCGUAUCUCCACCAGUACGCUGCGCACAACGUCGAUGCUGAGUUUUUCGACUCGUGCUUUUUGCGGCUCGACCAGCUCGUGGCCAACUAUGCGAGUUUGUAGACGACGACGCACGCCACAAAUACUCUGCCUACUAGAUUAUAUCCCACCACUGUACAUUGUAGAGCGUCGUCAGCUUAAAGCAACACGACGUGGCGUCGAGGCGUGAGCG